AUGAAAAACUUGAGAAAACAUGAUUUGAAUGUCAAAAUCGUCCUUGAAGAUAUUUUCUCUGACUUCAAAAACAUUCAUCAGAAAUGCCGUUUGUGUUUCAAGGAAGUAUACAAUCAAGAGCCAAAAGUAUAUCUUACAAAUGAUAUGAUAAACAAGAUUCAUGUUGCCUUGCAAGCUAACAUGUCAUCAGAUGGAACAGGAUCAGAAUUUGUGUGCUCAAAAUGUGAAAGCAACUUAAAUAAUCUUUAUCAGUUUAGGGUACAAAUAAAGGGAAAACAAAAGUGUUUUGAAAAGUUUAGAAAUUUGAAAAUUGACAACACUGAUGAGAGACUUGCGAGCAUUCACGAAAAUUCGAUCAAAGUUGAAGUUGAAGAAGCAACUUGUGAAGAUGAAAAUCAAAUUCUUAAGUCCCGAGAUAUUAAUCAGAAAGAUCAACAGCUUUUUCCUUGCGAUGUUUGUGGAAAGGAUUUUAAGAAUGUUGUUGGAGUCCAGCGACAUUGCAGGAGAGAACAUUCAAACAGUCGAUAUGGAGUUGCUAAGCAUUUAAACUCGCGUAAAGAACAUAAAGCAAAGGAUUUUCAAUGUCACAUUUGUAAAUCUUCUUACCUACUUAGGUUACGAUUUCAUUCAUGGAGAUUUCAUGAAGAAAGAAAGUUUUCAUGUGCAUUAUGUCGAAGAACAUUCAAAUUAGAAAGAAACCUUAAAUCUCAUAAUUGUAUUAAAACCUCAUUUGUCUGCGAUAUUUGUGGUAAAAGAUUGUACUGUCGAGCGCAUGUCAUUGAACACAUGAUCAAGCAUAGGAAAUAUAAGACAAAAGACUAUCAGUGUUUCAUUUGUGAAAAUUCUUUUUGUCGUAAGCAAACAUUAAAUGAACAUCUAUUUCAAUAUCACGAAAAUAAAAAAGUCUUUUGCAAUUUAUGCAAAAAAGGUUUCAAGUCAGAACGAAAUUUGAAAUCUCAUAAUUGUGGUGAAUACAAAUUCGUUUGUGACUUUUGCGGUAAAAGAUUUCAAAUAAGAUUUUUCCUUGCUUUGCAUAUGAAUAAGCAUAGAAAACACAGAUCAAAAGAUUUUCAAUGUCACAUUUGUUCAAUAUCUUAUCUCAAUAAGAUUUCACUACAACGUCACAUUUUGAACAUUCAUGAAGAUAAAAAUUAUUCCUGUACAACAUGUAAACAAGUUUACUUGUCAGAAGAAAGUCUAAAAGGUCAUUGUUGUCGAUAUAAUAAAUUAAUUUGCGAUAUUUGUGGUAAAAGAUGCCAAGACCGAUAUCGUCUUUCUAAUCACAUAGAAUUGCACAGAAAAUAUAGAACAAAAGACUAUCAUUGCGAUAUUUGUAAAACUUCAUACUAUAAUAAAGUUGGGUUACGAAUGCAUAGAUCAAAAUUUCAUGAAGAAAGAAAGUUUUCAUGUGUAUCAUGUAGAAAAACAUUCUUAACGGAACAAACAUUGAAAUCUCAUAUUUGUAGUAAUUCCACAUUUGUUUGUGAUAUUUGUGGUAUAAGAUUUCAUAGUCGAAGCAGUAUUUUAGUUCACAUGAUCAAGCAUAGAAAACAAAUGACAACAGCUUAUCAAUGUCACAUUUGUACAAAAUCUUACCUCCGUAAGGCCUCAUUGCAACGCCAUAUAAUGCAAAUUCAUGAAGAUAAAAAAAUUUACUGUGCAUCAUGUAAACAAGUUUACAAAUCAGAGGAAAAUCUAAAAGCUCAUUGCUGUCGGUAUUACAAAUUUAUAUGCGAUAUUUGUGGUAAAAGAUACCAAAACCGAAUCGGUCUUGCUGCUCACUUAGAAGCGCACAGAAAAUAUCGAACGAGAGACUAUCAUUGCGAUAUUUGUAAAACUUCUUACUAUAAUCAAGUUGGGUUACGACUACAUAUAUCAAAAUUUCAUGAAGAAAGAAAGUUUUCAUGUGUAUCAUGUAGAAAAACAUUCUUAACGGAACAAACAUUGAAAUCUCAUAUUUGUAGUAAUUCCACAUUUGUUUGUGAUAUUUGUGGUAUAAGAUUUCAUAGUCGAAGCAGUAUUUUAGAUCACAUGAUCAAGCAUAGAAAACAAAUGACAACAGCUUAUCAAUGUCACAUUUGUACAAAAUCUUACCUCCGUAAGGCCUCAUUGCAACGCCAUAUAAUGCAAAUUCAUGAAGAUAAAAAAAUUUACUGUGCAUCAUGUAAACAAGUUUACAAAUCAGAGGAAAAUCUAAAAGCUCAUUGCUGUCGGUGUAUGAAAUCUAAAACAAAAGAAUUUAAAUGCAACAUGUGUGAGAAAAGCUACUUCCAUAGGGCAGGAUUAAAAAGGCAUAUAAAACAAAGUCAUGGAGAAAACUAA